AAGAUGGACCGCGGGAAGCGCUCAAAAGUGUGGCUACAUUUUUUAAAGACCGAAGACAAAGCUAAGUGUAAUUAUUGUAAUAAACUAAUAUGUUGCAAGAAAGGCGUCACGACCAACAUGACUAAGCCAUCUGCGGUUGUUUCACCGCGUCGAAUUAAAAGAAUCCACCGUGUUUGAUUCAUUGCGCAGCCCGAGUGCCGAUUGCCCAUUAGCCGGCACUAGUACGGCGACAAUGCCACAAAAUGUUGCGCGUGAGACACCAUUCUCACUCGCUUCGAAAGGAAAACUCACUAAAGAAAAAAUUGAGGAGUGUCACAGGUCGAUCACAGCGUUCAUAGUCAAAGGGUUGCACCCCUUUUCUGUUGUCGAGUCACCAUCGUUUAGGUAGGUGUCACAUUAGAGGGAAAUAAUUUUUAAACCAUUUUUACAUUUUGAACCAGCCUAUUAGCAAUGUUUGUUUAUUCCCAGGGAGAUGACAAGGGCGCUUAACCCAAAGUACACACCCCCUUCAAGGGAUACCUUGUCAAACGUCUUAAUCCCUGCAUGGUACAAGGUAGAAAAGGCAAACUUAAUAAUGCAGCUAACUACUGUAGGAAAACUUGCUCUGACCAGCGAUAGCUGGACAAGCCUGUCCCAAGAUCAUUAUCUCACAGUGACAGCACACUACAUUCUUGAAGGGGAAACUAGACAGAAAGUUCUAACAACAAAAGCAGUAUAUGAAGCUCAGACAGGGCCAAUUGUUGCUGAAGAAAUAAGUGAGGUUUUGCAAGAAUUUGGCAUAAUGGAUAAAAUAGUGGCUGUCACUGUUGAUAACACUGCCAACAUGGAUGUGGCAAUAAAAAGGUUACAAUUCAUAAAGCUAGGUUGCUUUGCCCAUACACUUAAUCUUGGAGCUCAGAGCAUCCAUUCAGUGGCAUCAGUGGCAAAUUGGACGGCAAAGAUCCAGAACAUUGUUGUUUGGAUGAGGAGAUCAUCUAUGGCAAAGACUGUGCUCCGGGAAAAACAACAAGUCCUAAGUAAGAAUUCCUCUCUUUACCAGCACUGUUAUUAUUAUAAAAAUGUAUAUAGUAUGUAAAUAUAAUUUUAAAGUGUAUGAAGUUUAACAUUUGUUUAAAAAAUUUGAAAUUACAUUUCAUCUCACCCAUGCUUCUAUCCUAGAUUUGCCCCAACACUCACUUAUUCUUGACGUAAAAACCCGCUGAAAUUCCCUCUACUUGAUGAUAGAACGGUUCCUGGAGCAGUACCCUGCUAUUCAGGCAGCUAGCUUGGAUCAGCGUUUGAGAAAGCCAAUGGAUAGAGACCGACCUGCUCGGCUGACUGAAGAAGAUUUCAGAAAGGGAGAAGACUUUGUACAUCGGAUGAGAAUUUUAUACACAUCUACACUCUGUGUUUCUUAUGAAAAGAGCCCUACAUGUGGUCAGGUCCUACCAAUUCUUCAAAAGCUUGAGAAACACUUCACAGUUGUAGAGGACGACACAGUGUUUGUGUCCAGCAUUAAGCAGGCUGUCUGGCAAAACCUGUCAAAGCGAUACCAGAGGGAUGACAUCAGAAGCUUUCUUGAGGAGGCCACUGCAUUGGACCCACGCUUUAAACACAAAGUUGAAGACAGCAGCACUGCCUGGGUCCGCAUAAAAGAAAAGCUAAUGGCGGCAGAUCUACCAGAGUCUACACAGCCAAGAGUGGAUUGUGAAGAAGGGACUACAAUGCAGUCAAAUGAGGAGAGAAGAAAACAAAGAGAGAAUGACAUCACAGACAGAGGGGAGAGUGAGGAAGAGGAUGAUAAACCACCUCCUGCAAAAGAGCCAUGCUAUCCCCAUUGGAGGAGCUUUUUGCAGCAGAUGAUGAAUUGAAAAUGAAAUCCACGGAGAGCUCAAAAUUGUCCAUUGACAACAAAGUGGAUGCAGAGAUAAAGAUGUACCAAGACAUUCCAACUACAAUGACAUCUGAUGACCCUGCUGCCUGGUGAUGGAAACAGAAAAACGCAUAUGUUGUCCCGUCAGAUAUUGCCUCUUCAUAUUUAUGUGUGCAGGCCUCUUCAACCCCAAGUGAAAGGGUUUUUUCCACUGCUGGAGACAUUAUUUGCCCCGAAAGAUCUCAUAUACUCCCAGAAAAGGCUGAUAUGUUGAUUUUUCUGAAUAAAAAUGGUUAAGCACUGGUGAUAACUGUAGCAAACCCCUACAAGCCCUUGCACUCUUAAAAACAAGUCCUAUACACUUUAUUUAGUUGCAGCCAACAAGUGUUGAACUUUAAUUUAACUUUUUUGACCAUGUGUAGCUGAGCAGCUCAGUUCUUAUGUAGCCUAGUGCUGGUUUUUGUUUGUUAUUUGAAUUGAAACUAAUGGCACAGAAACAUAAACAUGUUUGAUAUAUAAAUGUUUGGCUUUUGCUGUUGUUGUUGUUGUUUUUAAAAAAAAAAUUACAUUGGAAUCGAAACUGGGAAUCGAAAAGAAUCGGAAUCGAUAAGCGGAAUCGGAAUCGAUAAAAUACAAACGAUACCCCUCUACUUAUAACAAACAAUGCUAACCACAGUUAAAUCAUCAUGUUUGUAAAAUAGUACAUUGAGGUUUUUGAAAUGUAACUAUCAUUUAAGCAUGAUAUUUGCAGUACAACUGUUUGUAUUGGCAUGGUAAGAAGACAAUGUAGACAAAACGAUGGUAACUACCUUUACUAUAUUAAAACCAUGGUUAAUUGUCGUAAGGGUCUUUACAUUGUGUCCAUUUCUGUACUUGUUGACCUCUUUCAUUUCAUUCAUGAGUGAGUAGCAGCAGCUCAUUCAGUUUGUUUAGGUUGUUAUGAUCGUUCAUGUCAUUCACAAACAAGAAGUAGGAGGUGCUUUCGUUUGUGCACGAAUGAGAUGAACGAGCUAGAUGACUGAUCGUUCAUGUCGUUCACGAACGAGAAUCAGCGGG